UCGUGUGAGGGCUGGUGCCCAGUGGCAGCCCCCUUUAAGGAGCGUUGGGCCUUGCAGCAGCGCUCCAGUCUUAAUUUUAGCUUGGAGGCCUGCCACGCGAGGCUUUGGUGAGAGGCAGGCCGGAGUUAUGCGGGACAGCUGUCAGCCGGCACGCCGGGUGGGGCCUAUUUAGCCAGCAGGGCUUCAAGCCUGGGGACACUGAGCUGGACUCUCUGCCCCAAGCUUUUCCAGAGCCCCGGCCAGCCACGAGGCUCCUCCGGCAGGUCCACCCAGCUCCGCGAUGAUGGCCGAAGAGCACAAGGACCUCGAAGCCCAGAUCAUCAAGGACAUUCACUGCAAGGAGAUCGACCUGGUGAACCGAGACCCCAAGAACAUUAACGAGGACAUAGUCAAGGUGGAUUUCGAAGACGUGAUCGCGGAGCCCGUGGGCACCUACAGCUUCGACGGCGUCUGGAAGGUGAGCUACACCACCUUCACCGUCUCCAAGUACUGGUGCUACCGCCUGCUGUCCACACUGCUGGGCGUGCCGCUGGCCCUGCUCUGGGGCUUCCUGUUCGCCUGCAUCUCCUUCUGCCACAUCUGGGCGGUGGUGCCCUGCAUUAAGAGCUACCUGAUCGAGAUCCAGUGCAUCAGCCACAUCUACUCCCUUUGCAUCCGCACCUUCUGCAACCCGCUCUUUGCUGCCCUGGGCCAGAUAUGCAGCAGCAUCAAAGUGCUACUGAGGAAGGAAUCCUAAGGCCAGGAGGGGUGAUGGGCCGCAGAGGGGCAGGGGCAGUCGGGCCACGCUGGCCCCACGGCACCACUCCAAGGGGGCUGCCGGCGAAAGCCCUUUCUCUUUGGGGGUGGCUCAAGUUUCCCCCAAGAUGGGAGCCCAUGAUUUAGGGAAGCCAGAAAGAAAAGAAAGCCCAGCCACCCAGAAGCACAUGGCCCUUCGCUCUGCCCCAGCCCUACCCCGAUGCCACCCACCACCGGGGGUGAGGGAAGAUCCUUUGCUAAUUGGGCAGCUACUGCAAGUCUUUGCGUUCACUGUACUGUAACAGCAUAAAACCAGCACUCAGUUCCCACCCGGGGUCACCCUGUCCACACACGCCCAGGAAAGCACCCAGUGACUGCUGGCGUUUGGAGGGUGGCUCCAAUAAAGGGUUUUG